CCACGGGCGACAUACAUACAUUCAUGCCGUGCAGCUGUUCCCAAAUCCCAACAUAGGUCACGCACAGGGGCUUCCCCUGGACCCAGGAAAUAAAUAAUAUUGCCAAGUGCAUGCAUGGAUGGGCAUGGAUGCCUUGACCCCUCAUUUGGAGUGAGCACUGUCCAGGUGAGAAGGAUCAGAUGUACAUACGGUAUUGCUAUUGCCGGCAGAGGGAUGCAAAAGUGGUUUUCCUGCAUUACCUGGAAUGAAGACUGCCUAUAAAGUGGAGUAGAUACCGGCCUACAGGGGAACAAUUCAUCCUGUUCUGAUUGUGGAUAAUUGAGUGGAGUCUGGUGCCUGUACAGUGUUCCGUCAACAUGUCUAACUCAUCGAGGACUGUCCCUCCGGAGCAGCUCCCGUCGGAGGACCUCCACCCCCCGCCAAUGCCGGUGAUCAACCUGGGUCACCUCCUUGAACCCACAACACGGUCUUGUGUGGUCGAAGAUAUUGCCAAAGCAUGCCGUGAUCUAGGGUACUUCCAGGUUAUAAACCAUGGGAUCAGUCAAUCUAUCAUGGAUGGUGCUGUUGAAGCAGCUUCAGACUUCUUCAAACUACCAAGUGAGGUAAAGGAAGAGUUUGCAUCAGAUGACCUCCGGCAGCCUGUUAGAUAUGACACCAGCUCAAAGGAUGGCAUUAGUAUGUCUCGCGCAUUCCUAAAGCAUUAUGCCCAUCCCCUCAGCGAUUGGGUGCAGUAUUGGCCAGAAGACCCAGCAAUCUACAGGGAACACAUGGGAAAAUUUGCUGUUGAAAUAAUGAGGGUGGCAUUGCAACUAAUGAAAGCAAUACUUGAAGGCCUAGGAUUGGGUAAGGAUUACCAGCAUGAGAAAUUCGAGGAAGGGUUGCAGCUACUGUCAGUGAAUUGCUACCCUAAAGAAUCAGAAAGCGAUACAGCAAUAGGGCUAGCACCGCAUUCUGAUUACGGAUUCCUUACCAUUUUGCUCACUAGUUGUCGGGGCCUGGAGGUCGUUGACCGCAACAGCAAUAGCUGGAAAGUGGUCCAGCAACUCCCACAUGCAUUGCAUGUCCACGUAGGAGACCACAUGGAAGUACUGAGCAAUGGUCGAAUCAAGACUGUUGUGCACCGCGCUCUUCUGAAUCCUGAAGAAGAAAGGAUCUCCAUCGCUAGCAUUAAUGGUUGUGCACUGCAUGAGAAGGUCUCAAGCGCCAAAGAGCUAGUGAAUGAGCAGAACCCCAAAAAGUACAAAGAGAGCAGCUUUAAUGAUUUCCUAGAUCAUCUCACAAGGAACAUGGACAAGAAGCACAUGAACUUUCUUGAGAGCCUUAGGAUUUGAGGAGAAUAAUUAGGGUAUACGCUUUACUCAAAGUCCACAUGCAGGUACUACAAUAAGCUCUAUGUCUACAACAGUCCAUGCACAUCUGUUUCAGACUACUUAUCUUUAAUAGUUCGAUGUUCUGCAUUAGUUGCUUUGAUCUCAGGGUACUGAAGUUCUUAUCUGUUGUCAUGUUGUUUUCCCCUUUCAUCACUCUACAUUAUGAUGGGUCUGUAACUGUAACAGGGCAUAAGAAUUCUACCAUGUAAAACACAUUCAGCAAAGUGUAUAUUGUAAAGUCAAAAUUCUUCCCCA